AUGGCCGAGCCUGCCGCAUACCAUGGCGGCCUCGUGGCAUUCGAGGGCCCCCAUGACCUCAUUUCGACUCAGCUUCGUCUUCUACCUACAUCAUCACAGAUUGCUAUCCUCCCAAGCGUCAAGGAAUUCCUCGAACUCGAGAGCCCAGAUGAGCCUUUCGAAGCAUAUAAGUUUGUCAGGAGAGUCCACAAUGCUGUCGCCAAGAGAAGAGAAACAGCUCUGUUAUUUUUGAAGGAUUCGACCCCCAAGCGUAAAAGACUGGUCUUCAUGAACGGAGGCACGCCUAGUGCGCAGACUGUCUGCAUCAGGGCCAUUUCUCGAAAUGUGACAGAGGGGGAUAUCUCCAAAGCUGAAGCCAUCUUCAACGAUCUUGUCAAGGGAGGAGUCGCCGGUCUCGAUGAAUAUCCCGCCAACUCACGCGGUUCAUUCCUCGAUACCUCGGUGGAAACAAGCGAGGACCCCAUCACCAGAGCCAUGCGUGCUGCUGAUGCUCUCGACCGUGAAACUGCAAAUUUGCAGCCAUCGAGCGAUAUCGACCUCACCACUCCCGCCAGCCGUCCGCGCCCGAGAAGCAUGAGUCUACCUAUGUAUAGCUUCGCCGAUACCUUUGGUGAUACGGCACCCUUCUAUGUUUUCGGCGGCCAGAGUCACGAGGAGAAUGCCAAGGACGACGUACACCCCGUGGAUUCAACUCAUCUUCUUGGCCCAACGCCCAGACUUGCCAUCACGAAUUUCGACGAACUCGAAAGGGUCUCUGGCGAAGGCUUCGACAGUGACGGCAAACCAAUUGUGCCCGCAGCCCCUCGGUCCCCAAGCUGUAUUGGUGAGGCAUAUGAACGGGACGAUGUGUUUUCAUCUUCUUCGCCUAAUCCCACUGGCCUGCUUGAUGUGGCAUCUCCCAGAUCCGACGUUUUCAGCAUCCGCUCAACCGAGCCGAUAUUCAUUGAACAGGCAUCACUCGUUCGUAUGAAAUCAUCUGCUUCAUCCAGAACUUUGAAAAGAUCCCAGUCGAUUGGCCAUCUUGGCCGGAGCAGUUCUCGUUACAGGGACACCCUCAUGCGACUGAAGCCUAACGAGAACUUUGCCGAUGAAAAGACUUCCGCUGAAAAGCUUCUCUCUGAGAGGCAUUCCGCUGAGAAGACUGCCGCCGAAAAGGUCGCUGAAGGCCGCCCUGUGUCUGUCGUCGAACUUAUCGAAGAUGCAGAGAAACGAGAGAGCAGCGCUAAGCGUGUGGAUGGUCCGAAGACAAUUUAUGUCAAAGCAGCCCGAACGAACAAGGGACUGAACAAGGCUUUGCCUCCCCCUCCACCUACCGAAAAAAGAGCCCGCAAACGCAAGCAUGCCAAGUCAAGAUCUAAAUAUGUCGACAGAGGGACUGACGCCGAAGAUUUUUCCGUGAAUGAGACGCCAUUCCGGCCCGUAUUGCCGUUUUAUGAGGAUCUCGUCAUUCACUUCAAGGACGAUAGUCCAGACCCCAUUCUAGAAUACAUGAUCAAGGCAUUCAGAGAAGGCAUCUAUCCCGUUGCACUGCCUUCUCCUGUCUCUCCCGGAGCGUCUACCGCCGAUGGUAACACAUCGACCCUACAGACUCCAACAUGGCAAGCGGCCGAGCCCGAAGUGGCCCAGCUCACAUCCACGGCGAAGGUCACCACGGAAGAGUACGACCCCUUUUCCUACCAAGGUCUAACCUACACCGCGAAGCCAGUACAGCCUUUCACCCGGACUGUGAUAAGAUCAGCAUUGCCGACGCCUGCGCAUACACCUCCGCCUACGUUGUCAGAGUCGGAGGAUAAGUUCCACGACUUCAACGCUGUGCACGGUCAGACAGCUGUGGCCAUGCAAAAUUCCCUUAGAUCAGUGCUGAAUAUCUACUUCCCACCCAAGGGAAGGGGUUUCUCCCAGUUCAACUUCCCGUUGCUCCCCGAGAUGGACGCAUUGUGGAAGCCGAUCUUCCGGGAUGUCGAGCCUGGCGGAAGCCCGAGAAAAGAUAACCGCCGGAUAGACCAAAUCUUGGCCAUUGGUUCGCAGCGUGGCGUCAAGAAAACGUUUGUCUCUGGAGUGACUAGCCAGCUCGAAAAAUUGGGCACGAAGUCAAGUGGCGUUUCCAGGACGGGCAGGCUGGAUUUCAGGUAUCUCAUCGCAAACGCGAUGCAGUCUUUUACUGCCCAGCCGCUGGCGAACCAGACUCAUGACAACCCCUUCACCAACUCAUAUCUCCUUGCGACCCUCAUCAUUCCUCAUCUUGAGACUUUCUUUGCUGCGCACUCGGAAGUCCGCUUCCUCCUUCUCGAAUAUCCCCCGGACCAUCUUGCCACUAUCCUCGCUUUGCAGAAGUUGGUCGGCGUUGACCUGAUGAAGGUUGCACAGGUCAUUGAUGCUCAAGCCAAGGAACCACUUCCCUUCACCCACGUCCGAGGCAGCUCCUUGGGACGUGUCUCCACCGUGAGUGACUUGGCCUCAAGUACAAGCUCACUCCAGUCCAAGGGAUCGAGGUCUGGUGCAUCGACAUCCUCGCGAGACGGGCUUGCGGUUUCCAAAGCCAACCUUCUUCUCACAUCCACCGCAACCGAGACGGAAGUCGCCACAUUCAUCUCCACAAUCUGGAAGAUCCUGAUCAACAUUUCCAAGUUCUACUUGCCUGAAGAGAGCAAAAAGCCUGAGGAUGGUGGUAUCAAGAACAAGCGACAGUCCGGCAACUUCUCGGCAUUCCCACAGGCUUCCACGAGUCCUCCAAUGUCUCCGCCGUCCUCCAGUGGCCGGAAAACCAACAACGGGACAUCGGGCUCCAUCAGGGCUUCAGUGCGGCCUUCUUCAAUCGCGGAGACCAUCAUGAGCCGGCGUUUCAAGUCUCGACGAGGCGACAAGAAGACCGUUGGCGAUGGCGCAUCCAUCUUGACCGUCGAUAUGGACUACGAGAGCGAUCUAGACCUCGAGGAAAGACGUUUGAUGCCCAUGUUCCUGAAGAAGAAUCAGGUUCGGAAGGGAAACAGCCGCAAGGCGUUGAAGUUCCUCGGCCUGGCUUGA